UCCUUCUCUCUCUCUCUCUCUCUCUCUCUCUCUCUCUCUCUCUCUCUCUCUCUCCCUCUCUCUUCCCUCCCUGUCCCUCUCCUCUCUUAGCUCCCUAAUAUUAAAGAGAAAAUGCUGCUAUCAGUGACUUCCAGACCUGGGAUUUCGACUUUGGGCUAUAACAAGAACAACAAAAAGCCAUAUGUGUCGUUGUCUCAGCAGAUGGCACCACCUAGUCCAAGCAACAGUACGCCUAACAGCAGCAGUGGGAGCAAUGGAAAUGACCAGCUGAGCAAAACCAACCUCUACAUCCGGGGUUUGCAGCCGGGCACUACUGACCAGGACCUUGUCAAGUUGUGUCAGUCAUAUGGCAAGAUUGUCUCCACUAAGGCCAUACUGGACAAGACCACAAACAAAUGCAAAGGCUAUGGCUUUGUGGACUUCGACAGUCCUUCGGCCGCACAGAAGGCCGUGACAGCACUGAAAGCCAGCGGCGUCCAGGCACAGAUGGCAAAGCAACAGGAGCAGGACCCUACAAAUUUGUACAUAUCAAACCUCCCGCUGUCAAUGGAUGAGCAAGAACUGGAGGGAAUGCUGAAGCCCUUUGGCCAAGUUAUCUCCACUCGAAUCCUUCGAGACACCAGCGGGACCAGCAGAGGGGUUGGCUUUGCAAGGAUGGAAUCCACAGAGAAGUGUGAAGCCAUCAUCACCCACUUUAAUGGAAAAUAUAUUAAGACACCCCCUGGAGUACCAGCCCCAUCAGAUCCGUUGCUUUGCAAAUUUGCUGACGGUGGUCCAAAGAAACGACAGAACCAAGGAAAAUUUGUGCCAAAUGGACGGGCCUGGCCAAGGAAUGGAGACAUGGGUGGUAUGGCCUUGACCUAUGACCCCUCCACAGCUCUUCAGAAUGGGUUUUACCCAGGUCCUUACAGCAUCACUCCCAACAGGAUGCUCACGCAGUCUGCACUCUCCCCCUAUCUCCCAUCUCCCGUGUCUUCCUACCAGAGAGAGGAAGGGAGAGGGAGAAACAUCGAUGUGAAAGAGAAAUAUCGAUCGACUGCCUCCUGCCAGCACCCCAGACUGGGCAUCAAGCCGGCAACCUGGAGAGUAACUCAGACAUCGCCUCUACAAGCACCUAACCCGUCGUGGCUGCACCACCAGUCAUACCUCAUACAGCCUUCAUACAUGCCAACUGCGGCCGCCAUGCAAGGAGCUUACAUCUCCCAGUACACCCCAGUGCCUUCUUCCAACGUGUCAGUUGAGGAGAACAGCGGCCAGCAAAAUCAGGUGACUAUGGAUGCUCCCUCAGACCACGGGGUCUAUUCUUUCCAGUUCAACAAGUAACAGGGGACUCCCCUCCCCGUCUUUGUUGAAUACAAAUGAAUUCUUGGAGAUGCUGAUGCUCCCAGACUCCAGAGGGCUAACCAGGAAUACAGAUCAUCUGUGGGCCCCGCUAAGACCUACCACUUGGCCUUCGUUUCUCACCGGCCUGGGCCUGAGAAAGAAAUCUCAGCACUCGUGUCCUCUGCUCUUCCUCCAUUCCUGAAGGAGCCUCAGGAACCAGGGAACCCGCACUUUGUGUGUGUGCUACAUUCAAAGGAAUCAAAACAACCUUUUUUUUCUUUCUUUUGCAAAUAAAGUUUUAUGUGUUGUUUUGUUUUUUAAAAACUGCAAUAUGCAAUUCCCUUAUCCCAAAGAGACAUGGUGCCUGGAACUUCUUAUCUUUAGGAAAAACACUUUUUGAUGUGUUGAACUUAUCUGAGAAGGCUUUUAAACUUUUUUUGUUAUUUUUUCUCUCUUAAAAAAAAAGGAAAAAAGAAAGGAGUGGUGCUAAAACAUUGAAGGAUUCCUACUGUGGGCCCUUCUUCCUGAGUUUAGUUAUGGACUUAUUUUGGUCUAAGAAAAUAUGCAGUUUUAAAUUUUUGCUUUAUAAAGCUCGUCACUCACA